AUGAAUGAAAAUCCAGUGCAAGAAGUGCAUACCGAAGGACCCUCGACAGAAGAGCCACAACAUCUGUCCCUAUCACCACGGGCUGAUGGGGGAAAACCUGCAGAAAAGUUAGUCCCACACGAUGAUUGGGUUGAUAUUACAAAGGAUUUCUUCGAAUGUGUUAAAGAGCUCAAACUGGGCGAGCUGGUGCAUGAUUCGAUGUUCGGUUUGCUGGAAGCAAUGUCCGCUAUUGAAAUGAUGGACCCCAAAAUGGAUGCUGGCAUGAGCUGCAAUAGAGAGGCAACACCGCUAACUUUCGAUACAGCUGUAGAGACCGGACAGAUGAAGCUAAACAAUCUGCUGCCGAAAGAAUCGAUCGGCAUCAUCGAUGCGGUAUACUCGUGCAUGGCAUCCUGGCUCGAGGGCCACUCGAUGGCACAAACGGUGCUGACCUGCCUGUAUCUGCACAAACCGAACCAAAUCGAGUGUAAAACGAUCAAAUCGUUCUCGAUCGGAAUACAGAAGAUUAUUAAUCUGAUUCGGAAUUUCACCGUCCGAGCAAACGUGUACGAGGAGGAAGACUUUCAACACAGCUCGUUCGAUUGCAAUCUGAGCGCGGAAGUUACGGAAACGAAAGCGAUCAAUAUGCUAAAGGCAGCAGAAGAGGAACUGAUCAAAAAGGCGAAAGAUUCCGAGGAUGAGCGUGAGAAGGAAGAGCUACAGGCGCUGCUGGCACGCGUUCGUUUCACACGAUUGUUUUUGUUCAGUUUGGUUGGAUUGUAUCCACUCAAGCAAGGAACAACAUGGCAGCAUGGUCAGGAGGUCGCCGCGCAAUCUACCGUCUCGUUGAAGACAGAAAUGAUUGACAUCGUGAAAGCACUGAAUGGAGCACUGGAGCUGGCACAGGUGAUAGAAAAAACGAUCGAACUAGGAACACAACCAGAAGAAGGAUCGGAUGCACCUAACCCGAUGGGAUUUUCUAUGAUGGUCAACCAACGCUUACUUCCACCGACAUUUCCUCGCAGUACGAAGAUCAAGGAUCGACACCUUAGCAUACAAUACCUGACGGAGCUAAUUCAGCGCAUCAAACAUGGGUGUAAAAUUAUCAACUGCACCAGCUACCAUGCAGCACUGAAUUUUUUGAUGGACUUUAAUAAAAAGUAUACUCCGUGUUUGCUAUCCCGGAGUAUACCGCAAACACUGUACUUACCGGCCGGUCGGAUGGUGUUCGGUGUGAAAUCACUCACGGAGGUGCUGAAGGAAUCGGUCAAAGCGUUCAUCGCACCACCGGCAUUGCGUCCGGACAAUCCGCUGUACAACAAUCCCUUCGCGAUUAACUGCAUCAACUCAUUCUUCGAGUACAACGAACAAAGCUUCUACUCACUGUUCGCCCUCUGCGGCUACAACCAGGCCCGGCAGCGUGACAAUCUCGGCUGGAUAUUGCUCGGCUUUGCCGAACUGCAGGAUGGUGCGGAACGGGUGGACGUGUAUCUGCACUCACUCACGCCGAGAAGUGAAAAUUCGCGCCAUCUAGCAUGCUUUGGCACGUGGGUGUUUUAUCACUGUUUGCGCGCCAUGUCCUUCUAUCUGCUGGCCGGCCUGGAGCUCGAACUAUACAGUGUGCACGAGUAUCUGUACAUCUUCUGGUAUCUGUAUCAGUAUCUGUUUAGCUGGAUCGUAUCGGCGCUGACACGUGCGGAAACGUUCCUAGCCGAGCAGGAAUAUGCAGCCGACCCGAAAGCGCUAAAAUCGAACCAAAAGAAACCAAAGCCCAAAAAGCGUAAGGCAAAGACGGAUGCGAAGGAAAUCCUUUUUAAUGAAGCACUGGAAACAUUGUGCGGUGGAUACUAUAAGGCGCUGGCCGGUUUUAUCAAGGAGGGACGCAUCCCGGAACCGUUGCCAAUGUUUGAUAAUGAGCAGGUACGGUUCGAGCACCGGUUUGCACCGUUCGCGAACCUCACCACGCCGCCCCCGAUGCCGUACAGUGAGUUUAAGAAUAUGAAAAUGAUUAUGCUACAGUCGCCAGCGACGGAACUGUAUGCGGCGGCGGCGAAACACUUUCAUGAGGCACGCAAACUGCUCGAAACGUAUCCCAAUCCGGACGAGGAGUGGCACGAUAUAGUGAAGGUGGCUAAGAUGAACUUUGUCAUGAUGAACCUGCUGGCCAGUGGGCACAGCCGGCAGUCGAAGUUGCCGCCCGAGUUUGACUUUUCCUGCCAUCGAUACUUUCCGAUCAUCAAGCAGCGAAAGUGAAU